UUUGCUAUUCUUCCUGUGACUUCCUGAAGUGAACACUGACUGAAUAUGUGGCGUCACAAACACAAGACAACCUGUUACAUUGUGGACUUUUGACUCAACCAUCCCUCCGCUUACAGAUUAUUUCCACGCGCUGUGGUGUGAAGCAUGUUCCUGUGGCAAUAUCUGGCACUCCUCCCGCUGAUAACUGUUCACAUAUGUCAAGCUCAGAGUUGUGAUGAAUUCACAGACCUAGAUCUCAGUCACGCAAUCAUCGGAACGAGCCUCAAAGUCAAGCUGCUGCUGUUCACCAGGGAAAAUGCCACUUGUGGUAGACACCUGUCCCACACCAACCUGUCCGCCCAUCCCCAGUUUAACCUUUCCCGACCCACCACCUUUGUCAUUCACGGAUAUCGACCUACGGGAUCUCCACCACAAUGGUUGGGAAGAUUAUGUGACCUGCUGCUGGAGAGGGAGGACAUCAAUCUGAUAAUUGUGGACUGGAACCACGGAGCCACUAAUCUGAAUUAUUUCAAGGCGGUGGAAAACACACACAAUGCGGCCGAAAACCUCACUGCUUUCGUUGAACUGAUGCAGGAACAAGGUGCCUCUCUGAGCUCCAUCCACAUGAUCGGGGUCAGCCUCGGGGCUCAUAUAUCAGGAUUUGUGGGCGCUAACCUGAUGGGGUUAAUUGGAAGAAUUACAGCUCUGGAUCCUGCUGGGCCUCAGUUCACCGGCACCUCUCAAAAGGACCGUCUGGACUUCACAGACGCCGUGUUUGUUGACGUGCUGCACACAGACAUAGAUGCUCUGGGCUUCAGAGAGCCUCUUGGUCACAUUGAUUUCUAUGCUAAUGGUGGAACUGACCAACCUAACUGCCCAAAGACCAUACUUUCUGGGGGCUCCUAUUUUAAAUGUGACCACCAGAGGUCAGUGUUUCUCUACAUGGAAUCUCUGAACCGGACGUGUGCCAGCCGGGCCUUUCCCUGCUCCUCAUACAAAGACUUCCUGGAUGGAAAGUGCCUGAGCUGUGAGCGCUUUGGUGCUGCCGGAUGCCCCGUUUUUGGUUACGAUGUGAUAAAGUGGAAAGACGUCCUGAUGAAGCUGCGCCAAACUAAAACUUACUUCACCACUAAUGGAGUCUCUCCUUUCUGCAUGACAAACUACAGGGUGGAUGUGAUGAUAUGGAAUGAGGAUGUGCGCUGGGGAUACAUUACGAUCAAACUUCACGGUAAUGGUGAAGAAGCCGUGGCAACCAUCGACCAUACAGCAGCAAAGUUCACAAAGUUCACAGAGACCAGGUUAUUUGCUCAUUUUGACAAAGACGUUGGGUCGGUGAAAAAAGUCUCUCUCACCUUCUCCACGGGGAAUGUGUUCAAGCCCAAAUAUAAACUCCGAGUUCUCCGAAUCCGUAUCACACAUCUGGAACGUGACGAGAGGCCUCUCUGUCGAUACGACAUCCUUCUUAAGGAGAAUAAAGAGGCCACAUUCAGGCCUAUUCCCUGUGAAGAAUCCAAUUUCUGAGACUAACUCAGACACAGAAUGGAAAAAGAAUCACUUUAAAAGACUCAGCUGGCUCCUCGGACUCUCCAGGAUUGUUUCUCAAAACACAGUAUAUUAAAUGUACAGACAUGGCAGUGAUGUGAUCAUUUAUGAUCCGAUGAAUGAAUGAAAUGUGAUAUGAUGUACAUGUGUUGAAGAGGGAAUAUGUAUGUUUAUAUAAUUAUAUGUGUUUUUAUGACAAAUGUUGCCCAUAAAGGGAAUUUAUUUGCAUUUCACUUGUAGGGGAAAUUCUAAUUUUAUUCAUGUGUUUUGAAAAUGAAUUAUUUGAAAUGACAUAUGUUGACUUGGAACAUCUGUGAUCUGUCUUUGAUCACUAGAUCAAUAGUGUUCGAUUUUAAAUGAAUUUUUUUUUGUUCUUUGCUGCUCUCAGUCUUUUUACAUUUUUACAGGUCCCAGUGAAGAGAGACUGAGAGGAAGAUAUAGGCUACUAUACAAGUUAAACGUAUUUCUGACAUUUAUUAUUUCAAAUUUCUCAUCAAGACUGAAAUUGUAGCCUACAAUUAUUCACUGUUUAUUAGUUUGAAACGUGCACACUUUGUUCUCAGCGAUGUUUCAUUUAAUGCCUCCUCAAUCAAACAAGACUUUUCCAAAAUAUAUUUAUUUGUAUAUAUGCAUUCAUUAUUUGUUAUCAAUAAAAACUCAUUUCAACAAUG